CACGAACAAACUCUAAAUCACUGUCAGAAUGCACAGCUGAAAUUGCCAGUAGAUGUGAAAGUCCAACUUAGUAGUCAUCACGUGUCUCUCGGUUGAACCUCGGCUCUCAGACAACUUUCGCAAACUUCACAAUGUUAAACAUGAGCUCUGAAGUGAACUCUCCCAAUCUACAAUGGUCCUCCGAAUCCGCCUAGCACGCUUCGGCAAGCGCCACUCACCCUUUUACAACAUUGUCGUCGCGCAUGCGCGAACAGCACGUAACUCUAAACCCCUCGAAGUCCUCGGAACAUACAAUCCCAUCCCACAACCACCACGACCGGGUGAUACAAACGGACGGCCAUGGAAAGAAAUCAUGCUCGAUAGUUCGAGGGCAAGAUAUUGGGUUGGUGUCGGCGCACAGCCGAGCGAUACUGUUUGGAGGCUGUUGAGCAUGGUCGGCAUACUGGAGCCAAAAUUUCGCGUCGGACAGAUAAAGAACGAGGUGAUCAAAGCAGAUUCCGCAGCCAAAUCGCUAAUACCACCGCGCACUACGACAGCAGCCGCGACCGAGACAGCGUAGAUAAAUAGAGCAGGUAGGCAUUUUGUGGGAGAUGUGGUCAGGUUGCAUCAAACGGCGUUAAGGCAGGAAAGUCUUGAUUUGAAAUAUGUACAAUUUUCCUCCGCAGAUGACGUAUAAGCAUGCAAAACAGAAGAAGCUCCAGCGAGGAGUCUUAU